AAACAAAAAAAAACUAUGCGCAAGAAAAGUUGAGAGUCAGCGCUACACGUGUUGGACUGUCAGGCUGCAAACCGAAUUUCGUGGAAGUGAUGGAGGCGAAGACAUAACACGGCAGAGGUGGGGAUGACGGAGCGAGAGUCUUGGGCCGACACGGGCGAGCUGAGGCUUUCAGUGCCUUCACGGCCGCAGGAGGUGUCAGGUCGGUGUUUUCGUUUCGCGUCGAGAUAUGCCGACAAACUUAUACCGACUGAGCGAGCUGAAUAGCCAUGACAAUCGGAAGUCAUGCUGGAUCGUUAUUCACUCGAAGGUCUACGACGUUACGAAAUAUGUGGACGAGGUAAGUUCUGGCGUAUCUCCUCAUUGGAGGCAGCCAUAAGGAAAGGAAGGAAAAACGAGCAUCCUGGCGGCCCGGCGGAGAUUCUGAACGUGGCUGGUAAAGAUGCCACUGAGGAAUUCGAAGAGGUUGGCCAUUCCGACGAGGCCAGAAAUAUUCUGACGAGGAUGCUGAUUGGGGCACUACAUCCAGAUGACGUCGCGGCGAUUGCCAGGGAGAGGCGAAACGAAAGGCGUGAAUUUUGGUUCAAGGUUGCAGCAAUAUCCGCUGUACCUAUAGCUGUCGGUGUGGUGACAGCAGUGAUACUGUGGAGAGGAAAAUGAAAUACGUUUUUUCGAAAAAUACAGGACAAAUACAUAUAUAUAUAUAUAUAAAUCUAUCACGCAUUUAUACUUUUGCAUCAUUGCAAGUGAUGCUGUAGGUUUUUCGGGAAAGCGAAAACCGUGCUAAUGUUUUUUUUUGGCAAAAUUCAAAACACCCAGCCAUAUGUAUGCACGUGUGCACAAACAAAAUUCCAGUAACGUGAAUGUUCAGUCUUCAUUUCCUUGAUCAAAUAUUUUCAAUAAGAAUCAGGAUUAUUUGUAUAAAAUCAGUAUUAUUCAAAUUGUUUUCCAAGUACAUUGCCAGAAUCACGUUGAAUUGUGUAACAUGAUAAUAACUUAUUUUAAUUAAUUACUAUUAGCGCUGACUGUCGUGCCAAUGUCCAAUUACAUUUAUAAAAUCUAAAUGAGUUUUUGAAUAAAUGACAGACCGUAUUUCACCAUAAAUAAGAAACACAUACACCAUAAAUAUAUAUUGCUAGUUAUUAAAAUUUAUGUACAAGGAAAAAAGUUAUUUACAAUGUAAAUGUCAAUAAGUGACAAUACAUUGUAGCAAAUUUAUCAAAGAAACAAGUCAACUUGUUUUAAAAUUUCAAUAAGUUUUACAAAUUCUCCACCGUGUGACAGUUUGAUGUCGAAAAAAAUUCUUUUUAAUAUUACUUCAAUAACAACCAAAGAUCAUUAGGUUAUCGCAUUUCUGUGCUCUCUCGUAUCUGUACUGCAUAAAUUAACAAAAACGCGACAAAAAAAGCCAAGGCUGAUUUACAUGUUAUCCAUCGUGCGGAAUUUCAUUUCCAAUAAAUAAAAGUGCCACCCAGACCAAAUUGCACAAAACCACAGCAUA